AUGGAAUUAUUUGCUAACAAAAGGGAAAAAGGGGUUCUUGAUAUGGUGGAUCUUUUGGUAUUUAAACAAGGUAAAGUUGUGAAAAUUGGGAACCUUGUUUUUAGUGUUGUUUUUAAUGUAUUGGGGAAUAUUUGUUUUUCAAGGGAUAUGGUUAAGUUGGAUGACGAGAGAGGUACAAGUGAGAUGAAAGGGCACAUUUGGAAGUUUAUGGAGUGUGGGACAACUCCAAUUUUAGCUGAUUUUUUUCCAAUUUUUGAUGGGAUUGACAUUCAAGGUCAAAAGAAAAAGGCAAAGAAGUGUCUUGAUAAUUUGUUUAAGGUUUGGGAAGGAAUAAUAAAAAAGAGAAGAGAAGAACAACAUUGCAAUGAAUCUGAUGUCAAGAAACAUGGGGACUUCUUGGAUUUAAUGCUUGCUAACGGAUUUUCUGAUGAUCAAAUCAAUUACAUGCUCCUGGAAAUAUUUCCAGCAGGGACAGGGACUUUGACAUCCACAAUUGAGUGGGCAAUGGCUGAGCUCCUUAGGAACAAAGAAGUGCUGAAUAAACUCUAUUCUGAGCUUAAAAAAGUAAUAAACUCAAACCCCAUUCAAGAAUCAACAAUCUUUCAACUCCCUUAUCUAAAUGCUUGCAUUAAGGAAGUCUUAAGGCUGCAUCCACCAAUAGCAUUUCUACCUCACUACGCAAGUGAAACAUGCCAAGUCAUGCACUACACAAUUCCAAAAGAUUCUCUAGUUUUUGUGAAUCUUUGGGCAAUUGGGCAUGACCCAAAGAUUUGGGAUGAUCCAUUUUCAUUCAAGCCAGAAAGAUUUCUCAACUCAAAUCUUGACUUUAAAGGCCAAGAUUUUGAAUUCUUGCCAUUUGGAGCUGGAAGGAGAAUGUGCCCCGGCUUGCCCUUUGCUACAAAGCAAGUGCAUUUGAUUUUGGCUUGUUUGGUUUAUCAUUUUGAGUGGUCUCUUCCAAAUGAUGGUGAUCCAUUGAUGCUUGACAUGAAUGAAAAAUAUGCCGUGCCAUUGCAGAGAGAAAAGCCUCUGCUACUUGUUCCUACUAGGAAAUGA